UAAGUCGGUUCUCAACAACUAUUGAAAAGAUUUUAUUUGUAUUUGUGAAGUAUUUCAGAAUUUGAUAUCAGAUUAACGCGUAGAACACGAUGAUGUUUAUUUAUAUUUUCGUCAUUAUCAUUAUAACAUCAAAUGCAGCAUGUUCUGAUUCGUAUAAGCGUAAUUUUCGAUACACAUCCAGUGAAGAGCAAAUAGAUCACUCUCCAUCCUUUUUCAGCGAAAUUAACAGUCUUUAUCUACAAGACAGAUAUUCAAACGUGGUUUUAGUUGUAAAUAAUGAACGAAUUUCCGCUCAUAAACUUGUGUUAGCUUUAAACAGCGAAUAUUUUGGCGCUUUAUUCUAUAAUGAAGGUCUUAUGAAACCCUUUCAGACGGAUGUGACACUAGGGUUGGAUGGAACUUCUGUAAGCUCAUUUAAAGUACUUCUUAAAUGCAUUUAUACCGGUCAAUUGAAUUUAAGCAUCUUAGAGGACAAUGUGAUUAUAGAAUUAUUUCGUCUUUCAAAUUUAUUUAAAGUUCCUAAAGUUUUACUUGCUGUUUCCAAGCAUUUAGGAAGUAAAAUUGAUGAACAAAAUGUGUUCACCAUAUUUGGUCUAGCCCGUCAUUAUCAACAUAAUGAACUUAUAGCAGAAUCACUUAACUUUAUGGACAGCCACGCUUUACUUGUAUUACAGUCCCAAGAUUUUUUGUCUUUGCCACCCGAAGCAAUACAAGAAAUUCUCAUUCGAGACACGUUUGUUGCUUAUGAAUUGGAUGUAUUCCGUGCGGUUUGUUUCUGGAUCAAAACGCGUAAAGACAAAGGAGAUCCUGAAGCUACAAUCGAAGUAUUAUCAAACGUUAGAGAUUCAUUGAUACGUGAUGAUAAACUGUCGUCAGUGAUCAAGGAAUCGCAGCUGGAUAAAACGGAAAUUGUAGAAGCCAUACGAUUGGGAAACUUGUUGUCACCAAGUAAACGUCAAACUCCAAGACACUCAAACCCCAAUAUCAAUAUGGCUAGUUCGUCUCAUGGCACUCAGGUUAAAAGAAGAACUGACGGCAAUAAUUUGGGACGCGAAUUAUGAAAUUAAUUAUUAUAAAAAAU